UUAUUCUACAGGCAACCCGUAUCAUUUGACAAGAGCAAGAUGGCUGCCCCCAUGCGAUUUUGUCGUCUGACUUGGGGACGGAAGUUUUUGCCGUUUCAAGCCUUUGCCACGGGCGGCACUCCGUUCCGAGCCUUACAGACCUGCUCGUGUGCUUGUAGUGGAGAGAAGGAGAAUGACUUACAAGAGAAUCCUUUCUUCUCAAAGUAUAAAAACAAGAUUGACCACUUCAGAAAAGAAAACCCUGGCGAGUAUGAGAUGUUUAUCCAGGAUAAGAAGGACAGACAAAAAAAGAAGCUUGAAGAUGCUGCUGCUAACAAGGAAGCCAUUAAGGAGCAGAUGGACUGGAUGGGUAGCAAUCCACGGUUUUCCCAGAAUGCACAGCAGGAAGCACAACCUUCUCCUGGCAGCUUCUCCAUGGCAGGUGCCAAGAAGCUGGACUCUGUGCUGAGAACUGACCUCAUCCAGGACAAAACAGCAGAGGAAAUAGGGAAGAUCUGGACAGACUACCAUGCCCAGAAGGAUGCUGUGUGUGCAGUCAUCCCUAAAGACACAUAUGCUUUGCUGCAUGCCAGGACAAACAUGUGCCCAACGUUUCUGCUGCCCAUGCCCAGGGAGCAGGGAUACGAGUUCUUCCUGCUGCAGUUCUCAGGCCAUGAGUGCCACUUCACACCCCUCAUCAGCUUCCAGGCUCACAAAGAGAAUGCCCCCAGUUGUAUCCAGAUGGUUCACUAUCCUGACCUUGCAGAUAAGAAGGGUAUUGUACUUAUGAGGGCAGAGGUGGACACAAAAAUACUGACCACAGUAGAAGCUAAAUUUCUGGUUGACCAGAUGACCAUGUACUACACGGCCAGGACUGACCAGAGGUUCAGCAUUGUCCGGAACUUCACGGUCAAGCCGACAGAGUUUGACCACAUGGUGCUGAUCAGGGAGCUGGAGUCUAUAGGCUCAGCAUCAGAGCAGAAAGCAAACAAGACUGACUGAUGGAGUGAAGUACAGACUGUCUGUUUUUAAAUGUUUGUUCUGUUUGUUCACUUAACGAGUAAAGCACCUUUUAAAAAGUGUACAGAUCCAGUUGUACAUCAAUGUACAGUCACACCAUACCCCUACUCUUUAUCAAUAGGCUUGGUGGGAUCUUUAAGUUGCCCACCUCAAAACAUGGAACCUUUGCUUUACGUAAUCUCCAAGCAGAUCCCUUUCAGUGGCAAGAGAAUAUCCAUUGGCCAGAGGAGUAUGGUGGCUAAUUAAUGGACACGCCUCUGACUCAUUUUCACCAGAAUCAAGUGAGGAAAUUUACACUUGCAUCACCAGCUUAUUUUACUUGUCUGUGCAUGUGGUUUUUCUGCGCCCCCCCCUCCCCCUUGCUUCACUGCAAACUCGAAAUACUGCGAAUGCCUCCUUUCCUCUCUAUUGCGAAAAGCUGCCACAUGGCUAAACAAGCUACCAAGACUAAAUAAAGGCUUUGAUUGAUUGAUUGAUAGAUCUACAUGUAGUUACUGCUACAGUAACUGAAAUAAAUCCAAGCUGCUGUAAUGGUUUUACACAAGGUCAUUUUGUACUGAUAAUUGUAAACCAAAUUUAAUGUAUUUUAAAUAUCAACAAAUCUUGCUUCCAAUGUAUAUAACUUUGUUCAAGGACAUUAUAUAGACCUGAGAGAAUUGAUGCAGUGGUCAAUAAACAGUCAAUAUUACUGUACGA